GCCUGCUGGGUACCAGUCAGCGCUCCCCGGCUCUAGCGGCGGAAGAGAUGGAGCAGCGUCACGAGCGCCCGGCCCCUUAAAACGCUGCUGGCUGGAGCCGCCUCCUUCCCGGCAGUCCGCGGCGGGGAUGGAGUAAAGGGAGACCCACCGACCUGCUCGCAGGGAUCUGCAAUGGAGUUAAAGCAAUCUUUGUCUACCCAUCUGGAAGCUGAGAAGCCUCUAAGGCGCUAUGGGGCGGUGGAGGAGACGGCGUGGAAAGCGGAGGGACUGGGGAGAAAUCAGCUAGACAUCAUCUCCAUGGCGGAGACCAGCAUGAUGCCCGAGGAGAUUGAACUGGAGAUGGUAAAAAUUCAGCGUCUCCGGGAAGUCUUGGUCCGACGGGAGUCUGAGCUCAGGUUUAUGAUGGAUGACAUCCAGCUUUGCAAUGACAUCAUGGACCUGAAGCAGGAGCUGCAGAACUUGGUGGCCAUCCCAGAAAAAGAAAAAACCAAGCCACAGAAGCAGAGAGAGGAUGAGCUAAUCCAGAAGAUCCACAAACUGGUGCAGAAGAGAGACUUCCUGGUGGACGAUGCAGAGGUGGAACGGUUAAGGGAGCAAGAAGAAGAUAAGGAAAUGGCUGAUUUCCUGAGAAUCAAGUUAAAACCUCUAGAUAAAGUAACCAAAUCUCCAUCCAGUUCCCGAGCAGAGAAGAAAGCAGAGCCCCCACCUAGCAAGCCCACGGUGGCCAAGACCGGGCUGGCACUCAUCAAGGAUUGCUGCGGGGCCACCCAGUGCAAUAUCAUGUAGCACCCAUGUGUGGUGACCCCGGGGCCAUGGGGAACCCCCUCCCACCCUCUUGUCUUCAUAGCCCCCUUUUCAUUGGGGCCCAAGAACUUUCCAAGGCAGAAGGGGUUGAAGGCAAGCCCAUGGCUGCUGCCAGGGGCUAUGGGUGCGGCAGGCGGGCCCAGCUGCCCUGUACAGAGUGUAGCAAUAGGAAGUUCCUCACUGUCACAUGGCCCUCCCCAGAGCAUGCCGAACCCAGGAGUCUGUCUCACUGUUUAUCCAACUACCAGGAAAGCUCCUCCCUCAAAAAAGUAUAUCUCCACUUCUAUCUAUCCAUAUCUAACCCACGGUGUGAAUGAACUGGGAGAGGGGCAUGAUACCCAGGUGUGUAAACUUGUGACUUUUCAAUACUCUAGCACCAUGUUGGACACACCCCCAUCCACUCUCCUAGCUCUGCUGUUAGGCCUGCCCACAUGGGCACAGCCAUGUCCCCCAUUUGUCCUCCUGCAGGGUCUGUGCCCUGGAGGGCCCCACACAGCCCACGUGUCUUGGAGACACAGAGGGCUCAUCUGUAAAGAUUGAACUUGUAUGUGGUGUCAUGCUCACAUCUGCUUUCUCCCUUCCUGUGUCUGGGCACGGUUCACAUCAGGGGUGAUUCCAUUCGCUCUCAGCUCUUCCUUGCCUUGCACCACGUGCAUGGAGCAGAGUUGGGGCUGAUGCUGCGACUGGAGCACAUUCCAUGCUCAGAGGAGGUGCACAGAGCCAGAGACUCCAACACUGAGAAAAGGCAGAUGACAAGAGGGUGCAGAGCAGAUGCUGACCUAGGUGCGCUCCACCCACAGGGGGCACUGGAGGGAGAGCCAGCAGGCCGCCGCUCACCAGCCUAACACACAGGCCUCAUUAACAGCAGUGGCUGGCGGGAGAGGCAGCCUGACCCAACCGUGUCCCCAUUAUUAGGUGGUGUAUUUGAACCAGCCUAACAAUCCCAAGUGUGUAACUUGAUGUAUAUUUGCUACAGCCAGCUCGGCACAGCCCAUGUGACCUCUCUGUAUGUGUGUGUGUUGUGACCGGCCUAAGUAGUUAGCAUAACUUGAGAUUCACUGAUGUGCAGUCACCCAUCAGAGAAAAUAAAAAUGGAAACCAUGUACACAACAUUUUUAAAGUUUUCACUUUUUUCUGGAUGAUGGAAGUAAUCCACGUACAUAGUAAAUCAUUUCAAAAGUAUUAAGAGUGUAAGGAAGGUUUUUUGUUUUUUGUUUUUAACUCCAUAAUUCCUCCAACUAGAGACCACCCUGACAUUUUGGCAUAUUUCCUUUUAGUCUUUUUUUUUUUUUAACACAUUUCCUCCUCAUGAUUGGCAUCAGAUUGUACCAUUUUAUAACCAGUUUUUUUUCCACAUAGUAUUGUAUCACUAUCAUCCUCGCACA